AUCUAAACAGCAAGUUCGUGAGCAAGAGAAAAAAAGUUGCAAAUGCGUCGGAAAAUAUUCGCAUAAAUUAUUUUAGCGAUAAAGUAAAAUGUAAAGAAGCCGGCCCAGCGCAGGUCGCAAGUAUUUUGCACUAAUUUAAAAUUGUUUUGUUGAUAUUUAUUCGUCCAAAUACUGCUCGUUGUUGUGGAACUUUUUGACCAGCACAAACAAUGCGGCAAUUGUUGCUCUUGUUGUGUGUUAACUUGCUUUUGGUCGCUGUUGCAUCAGCGGAAAAAGAGGAUUGCACGGAUUUGGCGCGGGACGAGGAGACCUUGCUCGUGUUCUCGACUUUAGGGGGCGGACUCACGGCGAUAGACCCGCUAACGAGUGAGAUUCGGUGGACAAUUGAUGACGAGCCAGCCAUUAAAUCAACGUCGCAAACUGAUUUUCCUGUUCCACAAUAUUUGCCCGAUCCAAGAGAUGGAAGCCUCUACCAACUAGGAGACAUGGGCGACUUGAAAAAGCUCCCGUAUACGAUUCCACAACUUGUCGCUAAUGCGCCAUGUCGUUCAUCUGAUGGAAUCCUCUAUUCUGGUAAGAAGAGCGACUCCUGGUUUCUUAUCGAUCCCAAAACGGGUCGUCGUGAAAAGCUCAUGGGAUUCGAAAACGUAGACGGGCAUAUAAAAUCUCAUGAGUCUAUUGGCUGGGCUACAUCCCGUUCAGUAUAUUUGGGUAGAACCCAGUAUACUGUUAUGAUGUUUGACAGCCUCUCGAAGGAUAAAAACACCAAACCCUGGAAUAUUACAUUUUUUGAUUAUUCAUCACAUUCGAUGGCUCCGGAAAUUUCUAGUGAUUAUGAAUAUCUGCAUUUAACGGCGAGCUCCAGUGGACUGACAGCAACUCUGGAUCGAAAGCAUGGAAAAUUCAUUUGGCAGAAAGAUUUAUCAAGUCCUGUGAUUGCAGCAUUCCUUCUGAGUAAGGAAGGGUUGCUUAGUGUGCCUUUUACCACAGUAUCAGAUGAGACUCUUCGAAACGUAGUUGAGGAUGCCAAAGAUGGGAACACGAAUGACAUCAAAUUAUUUCAAUCUUUGUACAUUGGAGAGCAUCCUUUCGGACUUUACGCCCUCCCAUCCUUAGUUGAUAAGAACACUGCCACAAUUUCGUCAGAUCCGCCCGUGAAACUUAUCGAAGGUCCACAUAAAACGCUUAAGCCAAGCGAUCAGAAUUUGGUUUAUUUAAAUGACCUACUAGAGAAGGAGAAAGAGAAGAACCGAAAUAUUAUUGUUCUCGGCCAUUAUCAGAUGCCCAAAACAAGCGAAGAUAUUAAAAUUUCGUUGAUGCCUUCAAGUACUCGUAAUGUAGAUAAUAGAGAGCUCGCGACUAUAACAAAUAUGGAACUGCUCAAAGCAACUGAUUUCAUUCUCGUCGACGGCGGCAAAACCAAUUCAAUUGGGGUUCAAACCGAUGAAAGUUAUUCGAACUCAGAACGACCAACAAACAAAUCGAACGACACCCACAACGAAAAGAUCUUUCUUAUGCGGAUAUACAUCAAGAAGAUUUUUACUGAUUCGAAGGCGUGGCUGACAGACAAACAAAGUGGCCUCCUACACCAGAUCGUUCUCGUCCUCAUCGUUACGGUCCUGACUAUGUUCUGGUAUAUGUGGAGCACUGUCCGCGAGCUGCGUCAUAGUCAACACGGGUCGCAAUCAAUGAAUCGAAGCUCCGGGAGCAGUAAUGUGAACUAUCAGGAUCUAAUUGACUUGGGCGAUGGUGAAGUUCAAGUUGGGAAAAUUUCAUUCAAUUGCAACGAAUUGCUCGGCAAAGGUUGCGAAGGCACUUUUGUUUUUAAAGGGACAUUUGAGAAACGCAAAGUUGCAGUGAAACGUUUGUUGCCGGAAUGUUUUACGUUUGCAGAUCGUGAAGUGACAUUGCUCCGGGAAAGUGAUGCACAUGAAAAUGUAGUGCGGUACUUUUGCACUGAACAAGAUAGACAAUUCCGAUAUAUUGCAGUGGAACUUUGCGCUGCAACGUUGCAGGAUUAUACGGAAGGAGCGAUAGCAGAACAACUGAGGCAACAGAUUAAUGUGAGAGAGGUGUUGAAACAGGCGACAAGCGGAUUAAAUCAUCUGCAUUCAUUGAAUAUAGUUCACAGAGAUAUCAAGCCACAAAACGUUUUACUUUCUUUACCGGAUGUGAAUAAUUCCGUUCGGGCUAUGAUAUCUGAUUUUGGCUUAUGUAAAAAGCUCAACUACGGCAAAACCAGUUUUUCAAGACGCUCUGGAAUUACAGGGACAGAAGGUUGGAUUGCUCCCGAAAUGGUCAAGGGGCAAAGAACUACAACGUCAGUCGAUAUAUUCUCCUUGGGCUGUGUGUUUUACUACGUACUCACUGACGGGCGUCAUCCAUUUGGAGAUAACCUUAAACGCCAAGCGAAUAUUCUGUCGGGAGAGUAUGAUCUCGAUUAUCUCAUGGCAGAUGAUGUACAAAGUGAAAAUGUGUUAGCUCAGGAGUUAAUUGCAGAUAUGAUAAACCAUGAUUCUCUGAAGCGACCUCCGACUCGUGCGAUUUUGCAGCAUCCAUUUUUCUGGAAUCAAAAGAAAAUCUUAGCAUUUCUGCAAGAUGUCAGCGAUCGCGUGGAAAAACUGACAUUCAGUACUGAUCCGCUGAAAACAUUGGAGAAAAAUGGGCGAGAGAUUGUUCGAAGAAGUUGGCAUUUGCAUUUGGAUACAGAAAUCACAGCAGAUCUGCGGAAAUAUCGUGGCUACAUGGAGGAGAGUGUGCGAGAUUUGCUGCGUGCAGUAAGAAAUAAGAGACAUCAUUAUCAUGAGUUGACUGAAGACGUUCAAAAAAUUCUGGGGGCAAUUCCUCAUGAAUUCACCAACUACUGGAUUCAACGAUUUCCCCAUUUACUAUCCCACACUUAUCAUUCCCUGAGCAUUUGCUCACACGAGAAUCCUUUCAGGUCGUAUUACGACCCACAUUACAAGUUCACACGGCCUGAAUAUUUUUAUAGGAAAACCGACGACGUUGAAUUUGUCGAUAGUCCUAAAAUAAUUGCCAAAAAUGCGCCACCGGGGGCAAACAGUGGAAACGCAUCGGCCGGCAAUAGCCCUGCCAAAAAGCAGCAAGACAAUACCCCAAAAGAUAAUAAAGUGCAAAAACAGAACCGCAAGGGGGUUUACAAUUUUCGAAGAAAUCAAAAUGACAACUUUGCGAAUUUUGAUCCACCGAAUCGGAUGGGAAUGCAACCGGACGAUUCUGGUUAUGGGAACUUCAACAGAUUCCGAAAUCGCAGUAGUAACUUUCGACCAAGGCCUACCCAAACAAUUGAGAAUUUUGUUUGGCGGAUACCCAAAUCUGACGAUGCUCAAAAUUGAACACGAACUUUUUUAGUAUUUUAAAGAAAGCUUGGAGAAAUCUAAACGUUCAACAUGAUUUUAUGAGAAAUAUACAACAAAAGCAUUCAGGGACGGCUCGUUUUAAAUAUAAAAUCACAUUUUGUGAUAUUUAAACUUUUAGAAGCGGCAGCGCGAGCGAUAGCAAAGAGUAAUGUCCUGAGUUUUAUGUACGGUUUUUAUUGUUAGUUUACUCGUACAAUGGCAGAUAAAUCAAGUUUUUCGUUUACGUUAUAGUUAUGUUGGUUCCGGGACCAGUGCUCAAGUUUUUCGGUAGGAAUAGGAAAAUAUUCGUGUUCCAGGAUAUUACGGUUUACAUUUCUCGUUUUCAAUCAUAUUCAUCUGCCAUUGGAAAACCCUGUUCCUUUUAGAUAUUUAGCCAAAGUGGACGAGCGGUCUGAAUUCUUCACAUUCCUGUCAACACAAAUGUCUUAUGAAGUUUUUCGUUCGUUUUCUGGGUCAGUUCCAACGAACUUUUGGGGUACAACUUUCCAUUCAAUCUUCACAGAUUUUCUACAACGUCCGCUCGUCUCCUUUUCAAAACAUUCUAGUUGUACAGUGGCUUUAGUUUAUUAUUUUAUUAAAUAUAAUUCUUUUUUGUAUAGUCGACCAAUAUUGAGGCAUCCUCACACCCGAAUUGAAACGAAAAUCACGAAAUAAGAAAUGUUCCAAUUAUGGAGUCAUAAAGUAUAGAACUUGCUGUGUAACACAUAUUUUGUAUGUGUUGUCUUUUGUGCGUCUUUGAUAUCGUUUUUGCACUUUUUAUCUGUGAUAACAAAACUUUUUAACUUAAUAAAUUAAAAUUUAUUGUAAAGUUUAUAUCGUUUUAGAGAAAUGAAUGAAAAAUAAAUAAUAUUUAAUUUACAAAUAAUGAAUCUUGUU